UUUUCUUUGUGUCGUCUGGUUUUCCUUGUCUGGAUAUUCGCCAUUGUACACCUCCGCCCGCACCGCGACCACUGCUGCUGGACGCUGGACGCUGGACGCUGGACGCGCGCUUUCAGCCGCCGUCGCUCGAUCGACUCGACUCCACAUAAUACAUCACCUUAGGCCAGCGGUGUGUGCGUGCGUGUGCGUGUGCGUGUGCGCAGACAUCUUCGCAUUCACGGCCACGUUCGCGCUGCUAGCAUCAACGCCCGCGCCCGCGCCCGCGCCUUCAUUCCAUACGCAUACCGCGCCGGCGAGGUCUAAGCAUCUUUGAGCUGUCUUCUUUCUCUCUCACCCUUAUCGCAUCGCCUUCAAGCUUCGCAUCUCCUCUAGCGGCUCUUUGCUCUAUCUUCCAUCCAUCCCUGUUCUUUACAAAUCUCCUCCGCGAUGGCCGACACCACGCCUUCCGAUGCCUCUUCGCUGCCAGCGCCGCCCACCGCCGGUCCUGCGCCUGGUCAGCCUGGCUUCUCCAAUGGCUCGGGCAGUCAUAUGCCUCCACCACCCGUCCCUUCUCUCGCCGUCAACAUCCCGCAGAACACCAAUCCGCUGCCACAGUCCAUGAGCGGCCUCAUGUCUCCCACCAGCGCUGGAGGCCAAGUCAGAAGAGCUGCGCCAGAGCCAAACAAGAGGGCGCUUUACGUGGGAGGUCUGGACCCACGUGUGACGGAGGAUGUGCUGAAGCAGAUCUUCGAGACGACUGGCCACGUGCAGAGCGUCAAAAUCAUCCCGGACAAGAACUUCCAAUCCAAAGGCUACAACUACGGCUUUGUCGAGUACGACGACCCAGGCGCAGCAGAGCGAGCCAUGCAGACCUUGAACGGACGGCGCGUGCACCAACAAGAAAUUCGCGUCAAUUGGGCCUACCAGUCAAACACCGCCACCAAGGAAGACACUUCAAACCACUUCCACAUUUUCGUUGGCGACCUGUCCAAUGAGGUCAACGACGAGGUUCUACUUCAAGCAUUCUCGGCUUUCGGCAAUGUCUCUGAGGCACGUGUCAUGUGGGACAUGAAGACCGGACGCUCUCGUGGCUACGGAUUCGUCGCGUUUAGGGACCGCGGCGAAGCUGAGAAGGCACUGAGUUCAAUGGAUGGCGAGUGGCUCGGCUCACGAGCCAUUCGUUGCAACUGGGCGAAUCAGAAAGGCCAACCUUCAUUCUCCCAGCAGCAGGCUAUGGCGCAGAUGGGCAUGACUCCAACCACCCCGUACGGUCACCACUCUUUUCCCACACAAGGUCCGCAGUCUUACGAGACAAUUGUCUCUCAGACCCCGCAAUGGCAAACGACUUGCUACGUCGGCAAUCUGACCCCGUACACGACACAGAACGAUCUGGUGCCUCUUUUCCAGAAUUUUGGCUAUGUCACUGAGACUCGAUUCCAGUCCGACCGCGGCUUCGCCUUCAUCAAGAUGGAUUCUCAUGAGAACGCCGCCAACGCCAUCUGCCACCUUAGCGGAUAUCAAGUUAAUGGCAGGCCGCUCAAGUGCAGCUGGGGCAAGGAUCGCCCGCCGACUGGUCAAUUCGAUGGCUUCUCUCCUGCUGUGGGCCAGACACCAACCACUGCCUUUCCACCUACUCCUCAAGGCUUCUUCCCUCAGUACGGUCAGCCCACUGCCAUGUCUCCCCAAACUGCUACACCUGGUGGACAGUUCCAGCACCCAAGUCCCGGUAGUUUUCCUGGUAACAUGACUCCAUCUGCGAUGCAUCCUCAGCCAGGCAGCUGGCCAGCUCAGGUUCCACAGAGCGCCGGCGGCUUCACUCAGACUCCAGGUGGAUUCGGCAUACCUCAGGCUCAAGGCGCUCCUUUCGGUCGUGGUUAUGGUGGAUAUCAGGGCUAGCGGUCUGAUCGACAUAGCCGUAACGGGAGGCGCGAUUCCUUGGAGCCUUCUUGGCGAUCUCGAAGCCGAAGCCCAAGUCGCGAUGAGCCACAGCGGGAUUCCUUACUUUCUGUCCAUUUGUGAUCUGGCAUGCUUUGGAUACCCCCAUCCGCGAAAGGCCCUUGAUGAUUGAUUUUUCCUUUCUCAGGUCUGGGCUGCCUUCUGGAGACGACGCGAUGCUUCUCUACUACCUUUUACCAUUGUUUGCUUAUGCGCGCGCGCGCGAGAGAGAGAGAGUCAAAAGUACGAUUUAGCAUGUGGACAUAGUCUCCUAUCAUCUGUUACGGCAAGACCAGACUGGGAAGCAAAAUGCUACGAGUGGAGAGUAUGAAAUGAUUAGGUCUAGCUGCUACUCUUCACUUUUUCAAGACUGAAAUUGAACUGGAACUGC